UGCCCGCGCGCCGCGGCGUCUUCCAGCCCCACGCCCGCGGCGCCAUGGAGCGGCCGGCCCCCCUGGCGGUGCUGCCCUUCUCGGACCCCGCGCACGCCCUGAGCCUGCUGCGCGGCCUGAGCCAGCUCCGCGCCGAGCGCAAGUUCCUGGACGUGACGCUGGAGGCGGCGGGCGGGCGCGACUUCCCCGCGCACCGCGCCGUGCUGGCCGCCGCCAGCCCCUACUUCCGCGCCAUGUUCGCCGGGCAGCUGCGCGAGAGCCGCGCCGAGCGGGUGCGCCUGCACGGGGUGCCUCCUGACAUGCUGCAGCUGCUGCUGGACUUCAGCUACACGGGCCGCGUGGCCGUGAGCGGCGACAACGCUGAGCCGCUGCUGCGCGCCGCCGACCUGCUGCAGUUCCCCGCCGUGAAGGAGGCGUGCGGCGCCUUCCUGCAGCAGCAGCUCGACCUGGCCAAUUGCCUGGAUAUGCAGGACUUCGCCGAGGCCUUCAGCUGCGCGGGGCUGGCGAGCGCGGCGCAGCGCUUCAUCCUGCGCCACGUGGGCGAGCUGGGCGCCGAGCAGCUCGAGCGGCUGCCGCUCGGGCGCCUCCUGCGCUACCUGCGCGACGAUGGGCUGUGCGUGCCCAAGGAGGAGGCCGCCUACCAGCUGGCGCUGCGCUGGGUGCGCGCCGACCCGCCGCGCCGCGCCGCGCACUGGCCGCAGCUGCUGGAGGCCGUGCGCCUGCCCUUCGUGCGCCGCUUCUACCUGCUGGCGCACGUGGAGGCCGAGCCGCUCGUGGCCCGCUGUCCGCCGUGCCUGCGGCUGCUGCGCGAGGCGCGCGACUUCCAGGCGGCGCGCUACGACCGCCACGACCAGGGGCCGUGUCCCCGCAUGCGCCCGCGCCCUUCCACCGGCCUCGCCGAGAUUCUCGUGCUGGUGGGCGGCUGCGACCAGGACUGCGACGAGCUGGUCACCGUCGACUGCUACAACCCGCAGACGGGCCAGUGGCGCUACCUGGCCGAGUUCCCGGAUCAUCUGGGCGGGGGGUAUAGCAUCGUGGCGCUGGGCAACGACAUCUACGUGACAGGCGGGUCCGAUGGCUCCCGGCUCUACGACUGUGUGUGGAGGUACAACUCGAGCGUGAACGAGUGGACAGAGGUGGCGCCCAUGCUGAAGGCUCGUGAAUACCACAGCUCUUCAGUGCUAGAUGGGCUACUGUACGUGGUGGCCGCGGACAGCACAGAGCGCUACGACCACACCACCGACUCCUGGGAGGCGCUGCGGCCCAUGACCUACCCCAUGGACAACUGCUCCACCACCGCGUGCCGCAGCCGCCUCUACGCCAUCGGGUCCCUGCCUGGCAAGGAGACCAUGGUGAUGCAGUGCUACGACCCGGACACUGACCUGUGGUCACUGGUGGACUGUGGACAGCUCCCGCCCUGGUCCUUUGCUCCCAAGACAGUGACGCUAAAUGGACUCAUGUACUUCGUCAGGGACGACUCCGCCGAGGUGGAUGUGUACAACCCCACGAAGAACGAGUGGGACAAGAUCCCGCCUAUGAACCAGGUGCACGUGGGCGGCAGCCUGGCCGUGCUGGGCGGGAAGCUCUAUGUGUCAGGUGGCUAUGACAACACAUUUGAGCUCUCGGACGUGGUCGAGGCCUAUGACCCCGAGGCAGGAGCCUGGAGCGUGGUGGGGCGGCUCCCGGAGCCCACCUUCUGGCACAGCAGCGUCAGCAUCUUCCGGCAGUUCAUGCCGCAGACUCCUCUGGAUGGCCGCGGCUUCGGGCUGGACAGUCGCAGUGGUGACGACGCGGGCCGGCACCAGCCACGGAACCCUGAUGAGCUACACUAGCCCCGGCCUGGCCCGCCGAGGGCCUUCAUGCAGGGGACCCGGAACCCCAGUGGGGCAGUGACCCCCACCCUCGGGUACAGGUGGAGCCCGGUGAGCCCAGGUCCUCAUUGCCUGGAGUUUUCUGUGCCCUUAGAGCCUGAGUCACAGCUGCCGGAGCAGGGCUGGCUGUGAGUGCCUCGCUGGCUCCUGUCCCUGGCCCCCAGAGGGCCCCAGCUCACCUGCCUGCUGCCACCUCCCACAGCUCCUUGCUCCCACCCUGGGGGCAGAGGGCAGAGGGUCCCCUGUGGGUUUGUGUACGGCCUGGACCCUCUUACCUUCGGCUGGCCCUGGAGCAUUGGGGACCGAGCAGACCGCGGCUGCUGUGAGGUGCCGGUUGUCCCCAGUGCAGGGUUCCGCCUGCCUGCUGGGGUCCCACAUCCAGGAUCUGCGUGUGGGGUAUGAGCUUGAAAGGAGGUCGAGGAGCCCCCGAAUGCCUUGUGGCCGGUGCUGGGUCUCCUCCCACGCUGGCCAGUGAAACCCCACUGGGCCAAGAGACCACUUGAGACUGUCCAGGCCGGGGGAGGAGAGCCUGGCGGAGAGGGUGGACACCCACUGUCCUUGAAGCCAGCGACGCAUACGUCCGCUGUGCCCCAGCCCUUCUCCUGGGCUGUGUGUGAAGAAGCCUUUUGCUUGGAGAGGAGGCCUCACCAGGAGUGGCCUUGGCAGUGGCUCCCAAGAGUUUGCUCUUUGCCAGAAGGGGAGUGGAGGGAGCCAGAGCCGAGGUCGCCCUGUCUGAUUUUCACUCCCACAAAAUGCUGUGGCCCCAGGAGUGCCCAGGGAGACUCAGCUGAGGGGAACCCAGGUGAUUUCUCGGGAGUGGGACGUUGAGUUUGAUCCCUUCAUGGUGCCUGAAGUGGCCUGCACUUGGAUCUGCCACCCUCUCCUUUCCAGGGAGGGGCAUCAGGACUGGGUCGGGUGACAGGAAGGCCUUUUUCCAGGGACCUGACUCCUGCCAGUGAGUUCUCACCUGGACACCACUGCCUAAUGAGCUGUACCCAGACCCUCAGUGGCCAGAUCACAAGAGUCUUUGCCUUAAUUUCUCCCAGGCCACCAGGUGGGCCCUGUCAUGCCUGCCUCCUCCCUUUGGUGCCAUGUGCUGUAUGUCAGUGCAUUGUGUUAGCAAGUGCCCUGGGACUGGACAGUCUGCUUGGGGACACCAGCCACUGCUGUCCUGGGUUGGCCUAGGGUUCCUGCCCUUACCCUUGUCUGGCGUCCAUCAUGCCCUGACUGGCCGCACAGGUGGGGCCUGGGUUUGUGUCCCUCUGUCUGUAUCCCAGAGCUGCCUGGGUUGCCAUCAGGACCAGGCUUUGGGUUUGAAAAACCAAGCUUGGGAAGAGCAGGCACCAGAUCCCCCCACAGCUUCCACGGCCUGCAGACCCAGCCGGGGCUCCAGGAUCUGGGGUCCCCUCUCCAGCCACGGGCUCCGUCUGGGCCUUGUCCCCACCAUCGUAGAUGUCUCUGUACUGACUUGGAGACAGGUUUGGACCACCUAGGAAUGCGGCUUUCCCUACGUGAUUCGUGCACCGGACUUUGUCCACGAGAUGCUAAGUUAUGGAAGUUCAGUGACUAGUUUUUAAUGCUGACCUGUAACAUACUCUAUAUUUAUGACUUCAGAGACAAAGGACACAGCCAUCAGUGUCCAACAUCCAGUCACACCCCAGAGGGUGGGCACAUGUGUAUUUAUUUUUGUCUAUGCUGUAGGCCUCAGUGUCCACAAUCUUGUCUCCGGGUUUUAGGGUGCCUUCAGUACUUUUUGAAAUAAAAAUAUUUCCUGUGUUU